UGAUCCGCACAGAAAGGUGCACGCGGGCAUUCAACACGGUUGUGGCCACACAGCACACAAAGUUCGAGAGCGAGUGAGUACCGGGUUCUAGAGUGUUUUUAUUUCGACAAUUUGAAACGGAUUUAACAUAAUCCAGUAGUACGGCAGAAACCAAUUGUCGAAGUCAUAAAGCCGUCGGCGGGUCCUUUUUUGUGGAACGGAACGCGGGAGAAGUGGAAGUCAAACAGAAGUAGAAAUCGGUGUUGUCGGGCCGCGAACUUUCGAUCUAUAGCCACUUCGGGAUGGAAUAGUAAAUACCUAAUGAGUGACGAUGUUGUGCGUCAUUUGGCCAAUUUUAUUUGCUAAUUUCGCUACAAAGUUCUGAAAGAAAAUCCCAAAAAUAUUGAUCUAAUCAAUGUUCUGAAUAUGCAAUGAUUCUUUUCAUGAAUAAAAGUGUCUUGAGAAUAAAAGCAAAAUACCGAGUAUUGUGCAAAAGCAACAACCCCUUUUUUCGGAUCUAAUCUACAUAGUAAAUAGUUAAAAUUAAGAAUCAAAUACCAAACAAAUACAAAUUUAUACAAGUGCCAAACAUUGUGAAGUAAAUCAUGAAAUAAGAAUUUAAUAUGCCAGAUUCCAGGAGCUCUAUCACCAAAUGGAUAUCGCAAAUUGAAUCUUUCAAGUAAAGAAAAUUUUCGGUUUAAAUAUUUGCGAAAGUGCGACGACGGCACCACGAUAUGUAUGCGGAUAAUAAACUAGGCCUAGACAAGGUGACGGCUGCCAAGGCGCCCGCCCUGCAGCAACAACAGCAGCUACAACCACAGCAUAUGCAUCAUCAUGUGUUGCAGUUACAACAGCAACAGCAACAGCAACUACAACAGCAACAUCAACACUUGCAUACGCAUGAAAUUCUUACGCAUCAUAAUUUCCAGCCACACGACACAAUAUCAACAUUGUCACAGCAACAGCAGCAACAUAUGCAGCAGCAACACCAGCAGACUGCACAGCAACAGCAACAACAACAACAGUCAGCCGGCAUGUUUACAAGGUUCGAUGCCAACAAAUCUACCAAGGGCGCCUCGAAGAUGCGACGCGAUCUUAUAAAUGCCGAGAUAGCAAAUCUGAGGGAUCUGCUGCCAUUGCCGCAAUCGACGCGCCAGCGUCUCUCGCAGCUGCAGCUGAUGGCGCUCGUCUGUGUGUAUGUGCGAAAAGCCAACUAUUUUCAACAAGUCUUUAAGCGUCACAAUGCAAUGCAUCACCAUCAUCAUCAGACAGCAACACCAAAUAUUGGCUUCUCAAAGGCCCUUUCCGGCUUCCUGAUGAUGCUCACACAAAAUGGCAAAUUGCUCUAUAUAUCGGAUAAUGCAGCCGAAUACUUGGGUCAUUCCAUGGAGGAUCUACUGAUACAUGGUGACUCCGUUUACGAUAUCAUUGACAAACAGGAUCACGCAACAAUCCAGGCCGAGCUAAAUCGGAACGUGCCACCGCAGCCAGGUGGCAGCCAGGCGAACAGCAGCGUUGCUGGCGGCAUCGGCGUUGGCGGCGACUCAACGUCCAGCAAUGGCAGCGUUGCUGGUGUCGCUGGUGGUGCUGCUGUUGGUGGCGCCUCAAGUGUGGAGGGCGAGCAUCGCAUGUUCCUCUGUCGUAUGAAUGUUAGUCGCAAUGCGCGACGGCAAAUGCGUUUCGGAGAUCAAAAGGUUGUGCUCGUACAGGGUCACUAUAUGUCAUUUUUGCCGCUGUGCAGUCGGAACGAGCCUGUUUUCUUGGCCACCUGCACGCCCAUUGCCAUGCCCGAGACGCGCGAGUGUGUGGUGCAAGGUGCCACAAAUGUGUUUACAACAAUUCAUUCGAUGGAUAUGAAAAUUGCGCACAUUGAUAAGAAUGGCGAGUUCCAUUUGGGCUAUGAAAAAAGUACCUUACAGGCCACAUCUUGGUACAACCUGAUACACAGUGAGAACCUGCGAGAGGCGCAGAGCAAACACAGGCUAAUAACCCAAUCGGAACAGGAUCGUAGCUGUAUUCUGCUGCUGAGAAUGCAACGCUCCAGCGCUGAAUACACGUGGGUCCAUGUGGUGCUACAGGUGCGAGACAGUCCCGACUCCACUCAACAGCCUGUCAUCGUGUGCACCAAUCAAGUACUCAAUGAUCGCGAGGCAUCUGUGAUGCUGGCCAAUUCUUGGCUGUACCACUACUACACUGUACAGUCAAAGAUACAGUUUGGAAUGCCGCUGGACAGUGGCAUGCGGGUGCCGUCGGGCAGCACAUCUAGCGGUUAUUACAGUCCACAUUCCACACAUGCGCAGCAGACACAGGACGGCGCCACGCACGGCCUGAGCAUGACAAGUGCAGCGGCAGCAGCAGGAAUGGCGAAUAUCUUAGGUGGUCAUCAUCAUGCGCAUCUUUCGCACCAUCAUCAUCAUCACCACCAUACAGCGGCGGCAUAUCAUCACCAUCCGCAUAUGGGAGCGUCCUAUGGCGGCGUCUAUCACGCGGAGGCUGCCAUUCAGCUGAAGGAGGAUCAGCCGCUGUUGCGGUGCUUUCAGGAACCCGUCGACUACAGUCAGGUGAACGGUGUCGCUGGUGCUGCCAGUCCCGUCACACCCAUAGCCAGCACCACCUCGAAUCCCUCAAGCAGCGGCAGCCAAAAGUCCACACAAUCCGCCACACCUCCGCUACAAAAAAAGCGCGCCAGAAACAAGCUGGAGCCGCUGUUUUUGCACACGGAACGCUCUCCAGCGGCAGCCAUUACGCCGGAACCCGACUGCUAUGCGUUACACACGCAUCCAGCGGUCGCGACAGCAGCAGCAUAUGCCACAGCCGCAGUAUCCAGCAACGAUGUUUCGGUCAUUUAUGCCACCAUUGUGCCGACUAGACCGCGGCUGCCCAACAAAUCGCUGCCACCCGAUCCAGCGGAUUUUAUCGAGCAAUGGAAUCCCAGUCCACCGUGGUCAGAGUCUGCUCAAAAGGCGUCACUCGACAGCUUCAGUUCGUCCCACGAGCUGAGUCCCUGCAUUACGACGACACCGCCCACGCCGACGAGUGCGACGCCGCAGCAGAGUGGCCUCGGCCCACAGCAGACCAUUGGACCGGCGUUUAGUUUUGAAUGGAUGUCAGACCCGCUAGUGCCGCUAACCUACCAGCAGUGGCCACCCACAGGCGAUCAUCAUCAGCAGUUGUCGCAGCAUUUGGCAGCGACACAACAGCAGCAGCAUCAUUCGCAGCAUCAUCAUUCGCAGCAGCAGCAGCAUCUCCUACAGCAGCAGCUCCUAAUACAGCAGUCGCAGCAGUCAUCCCAACAGUCAUCACAACAUUUAACACUUCAUCAUGUCCACUUCGCAGCAACGACAGCGGCAACGCGUGCGGAGAAUUCCAUAGCUGAGGUAGCGCCAGUGCCGAUCCCCAUACCCCUACCCAUACCUUUACCCAUAGCUCUACCGCUGACCACGGACCAUGCAGAUGCCGGGCAACUUGUUGAUGAUAGAGAUCCCAAAAAUUAGUGAGCAGCAACAACUUCGGAACACCCAGAGGUCGAAACGGAUCAGAACAAAUCCGACGGAACGAACGGAACGGCUUGCAACCGGCGGCCAGGUGAUAAUCACACUUACAUUAAUUGCCACUUGUCAUCUUAGCGUUUAAACUAUUUUUAUCUAACGAAAAAACCAAAACACAAACAAAAAAAUGGGAAAACAAUAAACUUUGCGACAUAACAUAUUAAUUUUUUAUCAACUAAUUUAAGUAAUUUCCAAGGAAGCCAUUGUUUUCCCGCGCUACGCGAAAAAUAAUUAAAAAAUAAAUAUGUAUGCAAUAUGGGCUCUUGGAAAUGAGUUUUUGCGAAUGGAAACAUCAGCUAUAAAAUAAUAUAGCACAGAAACAAAUAAAAUAACCAAGCCAAGUGAGCUCUAUUAGUUGUAGCGUUUUUUUAUUAGCGUUUAUUUUUAUGGCAUGCGCUUAAACCAUUUUGUACGACUAUUUAUGUAGCUUUUAGCUUUUAUCUGUAUCUGUUUCUUAAC